AUGGCCAUGGACUCGUCUCUUCAGGCCCGCCUGUUUCCCGGUCUCGCUAUCAAGAUCCAACGCAGUAACGGCUUAAUUCACAGUGCCAAUGUAAGGACUGUGAACUUGGAGAAAUCCUGUGUUUCAGUGGAAUGGGCAGAAGGAGGUGCCACAAAGGGCAAAGAGAUUGAUUUUGAUGAUGUGGCUGCGAUAAACCCAGAACUCUUACAGCUUCUUCCCUUACAUCCGAAGGACAAUCUGCCCCUGCAGGAAAAUGUAACAAUCCAGAAACAAAAACGGAGAUCCGUCAACUCCAAAAUUCCUGCUCCAAAAGAAAGUCUUCGAAGCCGCUCCACUCGCAUGUCCACUGUCUCAGAGCUUCACGUCACCGCUCAGGAGAAUGGCAUGGAGGUGGAGCUGCCUGCAGCUGCAAACCCCCGCAAACAGUUUUCAGUUCCUCCUGCCCCCACUAGGCCUUCCUGCCCUGCAGUGGCUGAAAUACCAUUGAGGAUGGUCAGCGAGGAGGUGGAAGAGCAAGUCCAUUCCAUCCGAGGCAGCUCUUCUGCAAACCCUGUGAACUCAGUUCGGAGGAAAUCAUGUAUUGUGAAGGAAGUGGAAAAAAUGAAGAACAAGCGAGAAGAGAAGAAGGCCCAGAACUCUGAAAUGAGAAUGAAGCGAGCUCAGGAGUAUGACAGUAGUUUUCCAAACUGUGAAUUUGCCCGAAUGAUUAAAGAAUUUCGGGCUACUUUGGAAUGUCAUCCACUUACUAUGACUGAUCCUAUUGAAGAGCACAGAAUAUGUGUCUGUGUUAGGAAACGCCCACUGAAUAAGCAAGAAUUGGCCAAGAAAGAAAUUGAUGUGAUUUCCAUUCCUAGCAAGUGUCUCCUCUUGGUACAUGAACCCAAGUUGAAAGUGGACUUAACAAAGUAUCUGGAGAACCAAGCAUUCUGCUUUGACUUUGCAUUUGAUGAAACAGCUUCGAAUGAAGUUGUCUACAGGUUCACAGCAAGGCCACUGGUACAGACAAUCUUUGAAGGUGGAAAAGCAACUUGUUUUGCAUAUGGCCAGACAGGAAGUGGCAAGACACAUACUAUGGGCGGAGACCUCUCCGGGAAAGCCCAGAAUGCAUCCAAAGGGAUCUACGCCAUGGCCUCCCGGGACGUCUUCCUCUUGAAGAAUCAACCCUGCUACCGGAAAUUGGGCCUGGAAGUCUAUGUGACAUUCUUCGAGAUCUACAAUGGGAAGCUGUUUGACCUGCUCAACAAGAAGGCCAAGCUGCGCGUGCUGGAGGAUGGCAAGCAACAGGUGCAAGUGGUGGGGCUGCAGGAGCAUCUGGUUAACUCUGCUGAUGAUGUCAUCAAGAUGAUCGACAUGGGCAGCGCCUGCAGAACCUCUGGGCAGACAUUUGCCAACUCCAAUUCCUCCCGCUCCCACGCCUGCUUCCAAAUUCUUCUUCGAGCUAAAGGGAGAAUGCAUGGCAAGUUCUCUUUGGUAGAUCUGGCAGGGAAUGAGCGAGGCGCGGACACUUCCAGUGCUGACCGGCAGACCCGCAUGGAGGGUGCAGAAAUCAACAAGAGUCUCUUAGCCCUGAAGGAAUGCAUCAGGGCCCUGGGACAGAACAAGGCUCACACCCCGUUCCGUGAGAGCAAGCUUACACAGGUGCUGAGGGACUCCUUCAUCGGGGAGAACUCUAGGACUUGCAUGAUUGCCACGAUCUCACCAGGCAUAAGCUCCUGUGAAUAUACUUUAAACACACUGAGAUAUGCAGACAGGGUCAAGGAGCUGAGCCCCCACAGUGGGCCCAGUGGAGAGCAGUUGAUUCAAAUGGAAACAGAAGAGAUGGAAGCCUGCUCUAACGGGGCGCUGAUUCCAGGCAAUUUAUCCAAGGAAGAGGAGGAACUGUCUUCCCAGAUGUCCAGCUUUAACGAAGCCAUGACUCAGAUCAGGGAGCUGGAGGAGAGGGCUGUGGAAGAGCUCAAGGAGAUCAUACAGCAAGGACCAGAUUGGCUUGAGCUCUCUGAGAUGACCGAGCAGCCGGACUAUGACCUGGAGACCUUUGUGAACAAAGCGGAAUCUGCUCUGGCUCAGCAAGCCAAGCAUUUCUCAGCCCUGCGAGAUGUUAUCAAGGCCUUGCACCUGGCCAUGCAGCUUGAAGAGCAGGCUAGCAGACAAAUAAGCAGCAAGAAACGGCCCCAGUGAUGACUGCAAAUAAAGAUCUGUUUGGUUUGACACCCAGCCUCUUCCCUGGCCCUCCCCAGAGAACCUUGGGCACCUGGCGGGUCUAGGCAGGGUCUGAGCUGGGACAGGUUCUGG